AGAUUAGCGCACCGUGGUAUAAGUGAUAUUGUAUUAGUUUCUUUUGUCUGGAUUACAUUUUGUCUGGAUUACAUUUUCAUUUGCUUCUAUAAUUGAUUAUUCGCUAUUGUCAAAGGAGGAGGAAAAAUGAACAAAAACACUAUUAAAAAGAUGAUAGAAGAAUGUCAUUCAGCGAAGGAAAAGUCGUAUUCACCGUAUACUAAAGUUCGCGUUGGAGCAGCGCUGGUUUGUCAUGAUGACACAAUCAUCCCUGGUUGUUGUGUUGAAAAUUCUGUGUUUACGCUUACUUGUUGCGCGGAAAGAACUGCUAUAGUUUCUGCUGUGAGUCAAGGUUAUCGCAAGUUCAAAGCAAUAGCAGUUACUUAUGAUGUACUUGAGAAACGACUAACUCCUUGUGGAGCAUGUCGUCAGGUUCUGGCUGAAUUUGGAACUGAUUAUGAUGUGUAUUUGGUAAAACCAGACUCAACUUAUAUUAAGAUUUGGAUGUGACUAUAUUUUCCCAUCGCCAAUGUAUGAGUUUUCAUUUAAAUGGUGGGUUGCUCAAAACCCAAUGCUAUCCACAUAUCACUCCCAACUUUUCAAAGAAAUCAUUAAAGGAUUCACAUGGAUGCUUAGGUAUGAUUCUGUGGUCAGAGAAAUGUUUUGAAGAUGAAGGAUUUGUCUUGCAAAAAGUUCUUGAUUUAAAUUGUGUGGUUGAAAAUUUUUGACAUCAUGAAGAAAAUUCAUAAAUGAUUCAGUCAACAAUAAAGAGUUUGAUUAGAUUGUCAUAAUAAAGUAUAUCUCAUAUAUAGUGUAUAAUAUUUAUAGAACAGUGUUAGGAGAGGACAAGGUCCAACCAAAUGUAUAAGUUUAAUGUGUAAAUAUAUAAAUUAAAUAACUUUAAAAUCCAA